AAAAUGAGCGAUGGCAAAUGAAUUCAUCACUGAAAAUGGAUUUGAUACUGUUUUCAACAGAGAUAGUUCAUUUGAAUCGUCAUGCAAUCAUGAACACGAGACGUCGCAAACCAGAAUUUUUAAAAUAAUUGUCAUCGGAGACUCUAAUGUGGGUAAAACAUGUCUAACCUACAUGUUUUGUGGGGGUAGGUUUCUUGAAAACCCCGAAUCAACAAUCGGUGUUGAUUUCAGGGAGAGAUCAUUGGAACUCGAUGGAGAGUGUAUCAAGUUGCAGAUCUGGGACACAGCGGGCCAGGAGCGCUUCAGGAAGAGCAUGGUGGAGCACUACUACCGCAGCGUCCACGCUGUCAUUUUUGUCUAUGAUGUCACCAGCAUGGCCUCCUUCCAUAGCCUGCCAGACUGGAUUGAGGAGUGCAGCCGCCACUCUGUCUGCCCCAUGGUGCCCCGCAUCCUGGUAGGAAACAAGUGUGACCUGCGGAGUCACCUGGAGGUGCCCACAGCCCUGGCGCAGCGUUUGGCUGACAGCUACAACUUACCCCUGUUUGAAACCUCUGCUAAGGACCCUGGGGAGAAGGAGCAUGUGGAUGCCAUCUUUUUGACACUGGCUUACAGACUGAAGAGCCACAAGCCGCUAAGGCUGAAGCAACCCAGUAUGAGCAGUCUGAGACAACUGGGGGAACAGAAGGACCAGGGGGCGACCAUGUGUUUAUGCUGACUCACUGGAGCCUUUGAGGGGCUUUGUUCGAAGUUAUGGCUACAGUUUAUCAGGGCAUUGUGUGAACUGAGCACCAAAACAAUACAGUAAAUACUUAGAAUUUAGUCAUAGACAAAUAUGUGUAUCUAUGUUUUCUGGUGUAGUGACACUGUCAUACUGGUCAAUUAAUUACUAGUUCAUUCUUUCCUUCCUACCUUGAUCUUUUUCCAAAUGCAAUUAUGUAAGAACAGAAAUCUAAGAAGGAAGACGUAAUCUAAAGCGUGUCUAAACAAUUUUUAGACUGUGUCCAUAAGGUUUACUUUCUCUUGUUAAACUAUGUUCUAACCAUCAAUCAAGAAGGAAAAGACCAUAUGACAGGAUGCUACUUCAAACAGAAUGCAUGGUAACAUUAAACUCAUAUGAAAGGAUCACAUAUGUACUGUACAGGCCCAUGUCACAGCACUCACAUGACUGUCAAAUUAUUAUGGAAGUGUGGAUGCACAUAAACUGUAGCGUUUAUUUUAAUCGCAGUAGGCUACUGCAUCUCAGUGGAUCUGACAACUGUAUAAUAGAGACAGCAGACCAACGAUGCAUGAGUGAUAACAGCUACAACUGAAUUUUUGCACUCUAUAGGGUUGCGUGAACUUUCUUUCCACAUAGGCCUAUGUAUUUUGUUUACAAGCAUGCUAACUUGUUUUACUGACCAGAUAUUUACGGUCAUUGUAAAUGCAGUUGGCUAAAUAUAAAUGAAAGUUUAACAAAGUUAUUAACAAGGGAAAUGUAUUUGGCUCAUCAUGAGUCAUAUCGGUCACGUUAGAAAGCAAUCAUUUGAAUGAGCAUGUUUGGGUUAGGCGUUACAUGAGGCCUAUGAUAUGCUAAAAAGCUUCAACGAAAUAUUGCAAUAUAAAUAUUGAAAUGUUUGGAAAUAAAGAUUGAAUUGAAUUGAAAUGUUUGGAAAUAAAGAUUGAAGCCUGA